CAAAACGUGAACAUUUUACAGGAAAUAUGAAAGAUUUUUAAAAAAAAAAAAACAAAUGUUCAUCGAACGAAAAAAUGAGAUUUUUUAAGAGGAUUUGAAUAAGGAAUGUACAAAAGUUACGAGAUUUCUUUAAACUUAAAUUUUGUUGGAUUUUCGAUAAAGAUAAAAGAAAAAGAAAGAAAGAAGGAUUUCGAAAAAUCUUGAAGAAUUUCAAAGAAGCAAUUAUAUUUUCCGAGGAUGGAAUUUUAAUAUAAAGUUCUGAUUUACGAUAUGUGUGAAAAAGCGAGUAACUCUGGAGAACAACUGGAAGAUCCAUGAUGGGAGGAAGUGACUCAUAGGAAUGAUAUUUCGAAUUUCAUCUCUUUCCAGAAAGAAACUUUUGUGCAGCUCGGCAAACCGCAAUCUCCCGCGGCUCUGUAAUCGCGUAAUUAAUAAAAAAAAAAAAAUAAAAAAUCGGCGAGAAUCGUUUCUCGAAGAGGAAGUUGUUUUUUUUUGUAAAAAAUAAUUAGAAAAUUAAACUUGAAACGAUCGACGAAUAAUUAAUUCGUCGAUUAACCAAACUCGUGACUAAACUUGGUAGCUUGUAUCAGUAGCUAUUUUUCAUCGUUUUAUUUAAAAAAGAGAGAGAGAAAGAAAGGAAAAAAAGAAAACAGUAUUCUAAUCCUAAAUUAUAUUCCAAAGAAAAAAGAAAAUUUUUCAUAUCUCCAAAACAACAACGGAGAAAGUAAGAAAUGAAAAAGUUCAAAUUCGAAGAGAAAACGAGAAAAAAACUACUCUGAAUGAGAAAGAAUUCGAGGGGAAUAGAAAUUUGUUCGUGCUCGGUCGAUAAAUCAACGUCGAUUUGAUAGCUGCCCGGGCAUCGAUCGCGGGAUUCCCUUCCCUUUGACAUUAAUUUAUUAACGGGAGGAAAUAUAAUAUCGCGAAUGAUCGGUGGCUUCGAGGCGAAAAACCGGCGAAAAGGAGGAAGGGAGGAAGGGAGGGAAGGACGACUAUCCCGUUGACCAGUUUCCGGCAACGCAGCAGAGAUGACGGACGAAUUGCUGUUCUCCGCGUUGGGCCUGUCCAUGGACACGGGCGUCGAGAGGCAAUUGCUCUCCUCCAAUCCGGCCACGUACGCGCUCGAGUACGAGGGAUCGUCCUCUUGCAGAACGACGCCACACAGCGACGACUCGGAGACCGGCGAUCCCCACGCGGCCAGCAUCGGGAACCCGAUCGGUUGUUACACGGAUCUCAGUUGGCCGACCAAGGGGCAAUCGUCUUGGAACGAGUGGUCCGACAACAAUUCGACAUCCUUGUCAGGCAACGGAUGUCUGAGCGAGCUGAGCGAGUUGGAUUCGGAAUUGGAAUGGUGUUUGGACAAAGGUUGGAACUCGGGUCUUCCGGAGAGGACGCCGUUGUGCACAGCGGGUUGCGAAGGUUUUCUACACUUGCCUUUGCCCGGCCCACAACAACAAACGUUUCAACAAGGAGAGGAGCCGUUAUGGGUGCUCGGAAUCGAUCUGAGGGCGCUCGACGACACGUUGGAGACGAGAGAUUACAACAACAAUCGAGUGGAAGGAGAUAUCUCGUCUGCGGCUGCAGCGGCAUUGGCGACGCACGAUUACACUAAUCGCAGUUUGGCGAGCGCGGCGGAAGAUCGAUGCUUUCCUUGUACUUAUCAAGGAUGCGUGAAGGUUUACGCAAAAGCGUCCCACCUCAAGGCUCAUUUACGUCGACACACUGGCGAGAAACCGUUCGCGUGCACGUGGUCCGGAUGCGGAUGGCGCUUCAGUCGAUCCGACGAAUUGGCAAGGCAUCGACGAUCCCACUCGGGCGUGAAACCUUAUCCCUGCGAGAUGUGCUCGAAAAGGUUCGCGCGCAGUGAUCAUCUGGCCAAACAUCGCAAAGUGCAUAGGAAAAACGCGUAUUCGCUAUUUCACGGAGGUAGAGGUCUGCGUGGAGGAAAGAUGAAUUCAAUUCUACCAGCGGAGAUUUAGUCAAUUUUUUUCUCGUGUAACGUAAUCGAUGAGGAUGAUUUCGAAACGAUAUGGGAAGGGACAGAAGAAAACUUUCCUUCCAGAUUUUCCGAAUCAGCAACCUCGUUAUUUUCUUACGAUGAUAUUUAAUCGCGUAGAGAAAUUGUACUUCGUUCUUGACGCGUUGAACGAUCGAUGGAAAAUAAUUUCCAUGUAGAAAUUUUACACGUAAAUAUAUUUUUUUAAUAAUUGAUUUGAAGACGAGACAAUUACCUAAUUAAUAUAAUGAUAAUAUUAAUAUCGAUAAAAGAGAUCGAAUAAGAUUACUUGUGUAAUCUUUUUUCUAAAAUGUUGAACUGAAUAAGGUGACAAACUUUAUAAAAUGACAAUAAAUAUUGUUAAAAA